GGCUUUGCUACACAAUGGACAAGAGAAUUUGCCAACUUUUUUUCUGAAUACGGGUGUCAAAUGAAUAAUUCUUGAGGGAGGCACAGUAAGCCAUGGUGACAGUACACCCAGUUUUAAAGCCAUCACAAGGAACUGGUAAAACAAUGCGACCUGACGGUGGUCUCUAUCUCGACACAGAGAACCUUAAUCAGGAGACAUGCCGGGAUUCACCUGCCCAGGUAGCACCGUCAGGACAGCGUCCGAACUCAAGAAGGGGGCAAUGGUUACGUGCUGGCACAAUCCCAAGUUUCACUUCACAAUCGGGGGUGAUCUAUAAACCUGGAGAUUUUGUGUUUGUAGCGAGCAAGCAUGCUGACCAGCCAUACCAUGUGUGCACGGUUCAAGAGUUGAGGAUGACGCGGAGAGAUUUCAUGGUGAUAAUUGUGAAGUGUUUUUAUCGGCCAUCAGAAGUUCCAGACAGUGUUUAUCAGCCAUUGGUGCAGGAUCGACAUCAUGAAAAUUCCACCAAUCAGAAUAGCUGUUACAACUGUUUGAUAGGUUUUCAUCAUGGCCGCCACUUCAAUUCUUCAUACGACUUGGAAAUCCAAGAUCCGCUAAUCCGAUCGCGAGAGCUCUUCAUCUCGCAUUCCUGUGAUACUUAUCCUGCCUCCAGUAUAAGAGGCAAGUGUACUGUUCUCCACUACCAGGAUAUAUUUGCUGUGAAGGACUUCCAGCCCCUGCCUGAUACAUUCUUCUAUAUCUUCGGUUAUAAUUCAGCCACCAAAAGGCUGGCGACCACACAGGGAGAGAUUCGGGUCGGGCCGAGCCAUCAGGCUCGGCUCCCCCUGUACCAGCCCAAUAUCAUGCCGGCCAAUAUGCCUGAGAAGCCGGAGCUCCUCGAGAAGAUGCUCUGGCAGCCAUCUUGUAUCGUGGAUGGGGAUCUCAUGAUGUACCUCAGGGCAGCAAGGAGUAUGGCAGCAUAUGCUGGGAUGUGCAAUGGUGGGUCGACGGAAGAAGGCUUUAUCGCAGCAUCACUCGAUGAAACAACUGCUAAUGCCUUGAAUACAUUACACACGAACUCGUACGACACUGGGAAGAGUCUGCAAGCCCUGGUGAGGUAUCCCGUACCAAAGAGCGUUGAGAAGAAAUGGAAUGAAGAAGAGUCGAAACGAUUUGUCAAAGGGCUUCGACAAUAUGGCAAAAAUUUCUUCAAGAUCCGUCGAGAACUACUCCAACAUAAAGAGACGACGGAUCUUGUGGAGUACUACUACUACUGGAAGAAGACACCGGCCGCCACCACUGCUCGCCCACACCGGCGCCACCGCAGACAGAGUAUCCUCCGUCGACAGACCGCCGCACGAUCCACUACAGCGUCAAGGCCUGCUUCGUGUGAGUUCUUGGAUCUAAGUUCAGCCAGUGAGGUAUCUGACGUUGAGUCUGGUGAUGACAGCGACUCCAGGGAUCUGACGGGUUACGCAUGUAGACACUGCUUCACCACAACUUCCAAAGAUUGGCACCAUGCAGGAAAGGACCGUGCAUUGCUGUGUACAGAGUGUCGUCUGCACUUCAAGAAGUAUGGCGAAGAACGUCCGGUAGACAAGAAAGAGCCGCCACCAUUCCUGUUCAAACCGGUCGUAGAAGACGAAGCACUGGCUGGCAAGCAUACCAUGAGAACACGCCGAAACAGGGACUCGAGUAACGGAUCUAAAGGUCGAGGGAAAAAGAACUCAACUCAGGAAGAGUCGUCAGAGAAUAUUGAUAGUCCUGCUAAUAGCACUGGGUCACAGAAGGUCUCCAGUGGUCACCAGUCACCCAGCACCGUCAGCACCUGUAGUAACAGCAGUACGGAGAAGGAGGACAAGAAAAGUAUUAAGCAGGAGAAGGAUGACGAUGAGGACAGCCUCCCCCCUGUAGACGUCAUAAAGAAACGUCGUCACAGUGAUAGCGAAUCAGACGAUACCCCCAAGAAGAAGAAGGAGCGGUCGGAAAGUCUGUCCGAUUCGAUAUCCGAUAGUAGCAGUAUAUGUAACGAUGAGAAUCAGGUAGAAGAUGGUGAAACAAAUCAGGAUGAGUUAAUGUCCUGCUCAAGUCCAAGUCCUCCAGUCGCACCGAGUCUUACACCAGUCUCGAUUCUUGCUCAGAAUGACAAUGCGAAUCAUGCUCCAUGCGAGUCGCCGAUUCAGAUCAAACAGGAAAUAGAGGAGACAGAAAAAGUAGUGCCGUUAAAUUCAUUGGUUGCCACGUGUGCACCACAGACUACACUGCCAAUAGAGACCAUACCGUCUCACCCACUAAUGCAGAUCGGACUGCCAUAUUCCCAAGCACCCCUUGGGCCAGUGCCACUAUCCUCGCAAUCUCAAAACGAGGCCAGAUCGCCGUCGUCGACGCCCUCGUCUCAACCAUCGCCGUCACCGUCUCACACAUCAUUGCCACCGUCAUCGGCGCCUCCUCCACUAGCGCCAUCUAUGAAUCAACCGCCAUCGUCAUUACCCAUGCAGCUACCACCGCCAUCUCAACAGCUGCCACCGCCCCCACCUCUGGUACAGCAGCCACUGAUGAUGCCCACAUCACUAAUGUCAACACCACCUCCACUUCAUCCAGAUCACCUCCGGGGAGAUCAUUUGCGGUUAGAUCCACACCGGCCAGAGUAUAGUCGUCCGGAUUCAAUGCGGAUAGACCCAAUGCGGCACGAACAUCUCAGGCCAGACAUUAGACCGGAACCAAUUCGGCCAGAUGCUUUAAGACCCGAUCCAGUAAGACCGGAUGCACUUAGGCCAGAUCCUAUGAGGUCAGAUUUGUUAAGACCAGAACUUAUCAGACCAGAUCAGAUCAAACAGGAACGGCAAGACACGUUAAGGCCAGGUCCUCUGCGGCCGGAUGCUUUACCCAUGCGCACAGACUCUUCAAGGCAUGAUCCUAUGAGACCGGAAUCUUUCCGGCCAGACUCUUUACGUGGUGAUCCAAUGCGCACUGAUUCUAUUAGGCCCGAUACGAUGAGGCCAGACUUACACAGACCGGAUCCGACGCGGUCAGAUUCACAGAGGCAUGAAACAAUGAGGUCAGACACUCAUCGGCCUGAUCAAAUGAGAUCGGAUUCACACAGAUCUGACCCAAUUAGGCCGGACACUUUCAGACCAGAUCCUAUGAGGCUUGACGCUCUAAGAUCUGAUCCAAUGCGAACAGAAUCCAUGCGCCCAGACCCAAUGAGGCCAGAAUCCCAUAGACCGGAUCAAAUGCGUGGUGAUCUACAUAGACCGGACCAAAUGCACUCAGACUCUCUGAGAGAUCCUUUAAGAGACAAUAUAAGGCCGGACACUCUGCGACCAGAUCCUAUGCGACCAGAGUCUUUACGAACUGACCAACGGUCAGAAUAUCGGCCAGAUUCAUUGCGGACUGAUUCAGUGCGGACGGAUCAAUUGAGAAUGGACUCUAUGCGAUCGGAUUCAAUGCGGACUGAACCGCUUCGUGGUGAACCUUUAGGACCGGAACAUCGAAAUGAUUGUACGCCGGAUCGGGACCCGUAUGAAAGUCCUCCAGUUACGCCGGAACCCUCUCGGACACCUUCACCAGGACCAGACCCCAUCAUAGUCAAUGAGGACCAUCAUAAAAGUACAUCAGCAUUAUUUAUUAAGAUUCUAAGUCGUGGUGAAUCGAAUUCCUGUUCAAGAUGUGAUCUCAUAUUCCGGCCGACGCCGGAUUCCAAACUUGCCCGGCGGAGAGAGGAGCGUCAGAAGCGGGCGGCCGAUACGCCGGUCAAAGUCAAGGAGGAAGUAAAAGACCGGGAUGAAAAAUGUGCUGUAAGUAGCAUAUGGUCUUCUGCUCCCAAACAGUUACCACCUCAGAGACGGGCAGAGACACCGCCACCAAACCAAUCUGCUGAUGCACAGAUCACCAGUAGCUUUUCCAAUCAACCUUCUACACCGUACGGUGACCGGCACACGCCAAGACAGGCCUACCCAGGCCAUGAUACGCCCGCACUCAGGCAGCUCAGUGAAUAUGCCAGGCCGCACGCUCUAGGACAAGAAAUUCCACGAACAUUGCCAUAUAGUUUGGCAUCGAUGCCGCCAUCUAUGGACCCUAUGUUACAGUAUCGCAUGGCGAGUAUGUACCCACCGGGAUCCAGAGAGAGGCUGGAACUGGACUUGGAGCGCGAGAAACGGGAGCGUGAUGCCAGGGAACGGGAAAUUCGGGAACGGGAACUCCGGGAAAUGGAGUUACGAGAAAAAAUGAAGGCAGAGCUGGAGAUGAAGCCCCCAGGUUUCGACCGACUACCUCCAACUGGCAAUCCUAUCGAUUCUCAUUGGUUAGAGUUACAGCGACGUUAUGCCAUGGCUGGCCAAGGUGGUCCACUAGGCCCGGGCGGGCAUCCAGGUGGGCAACAUAUCCCCGGUGUUUAUCCACCAUCGAGUCUUGCCAGCGAUCUCUUGGCUCGGGAGAGGGAGCGUUUAGAAAGAAUGGGCAUUCCAAUGGGUCACCCUCUCAUGCAGGAGAAUCCAUUCAGCUCUCAGGCGGAGCGCUUGUCAGCGGAGCGCCUCCAAGCCGAGCGGAUGGCGCUCGCAACUGACCCCAUGCUACGUUUACAGAUGGCAGGUAUGAGUGCGGCUGCGGCCGCGGCCCAAGCUCAAGCUCAUCAACACACACACGCCCAUGCUCACACCCAUCUCCAUCUGCAUGGUCAGGACGAGAAUGGCCAGCCUCGCCAGGUGGGGCCACAACCACCACCACAUGGGGUACCGUUCGCGUUGUCAGGCCCACCGUUCUCCAUUCCAGGAGCAGACCCCCUCGCUGCUGGCUCAGCCCUUGGACAAGCUGCUGCUGCCGCCGCUGCUGCUAACCACCCUCUAGCUCAUCAUCCGUACGGUCAUGCUAUAUUAGCGAGCAGGGAGAGAGAGAUGUUAGCUGCCCAACAACACGAGCUGUUGAGUCGGCAGUAUGAUCCAGCUUUAGCGCACCAGUUAUCAGCUCAGGCAGCUCACCACGAGGCUAUCCAGCGGCAGUUAGCGAUGGAACGAGACAGAUUAGCCGGUCAUUCGCUGCCGCAUUAGACUGGAAUCAUGGGAUACAUUAAUAGCACAUCCGGGAAUAGCAAAUUGUGGAACAUUUUGCAAAUGGACAAGAGGAACGAUUUAAUUUAUGAUGACUGUACAUAGGGAUUUUUUAUGUAUAAACAAACUUGGACCAAAACAUUGUGGAUACUAUGACUCGGUAUGGCAUUUUGCAAGAUUUGUAAUUAUCUUAAAGUUUUCUAGAAUUGAUGUCGCGCGAUGUAUAUUCCUAGUGCUAUGAUCUCCUAUUUGGUUUGCAUAGGGCGGUGUUGUUUUGUUGAAUUCGGUUCCUAAGGUGGUGUAAGUGUUUGUACGUUUCUAUGACGGAUCAUUACGGGAGGUCAGUAAUUCUAAACGGGAUGGAAGUGAAAAUAUUCAGCGCUGUUUGUAACUCUGGAUGUCAAUACAAUGAUUUAACUCAACAGUGAGGUAAUUGCCAUCGAGGACAAUUUCUAUCAAUUUUUAAAGGGUCACAUUAUGGUGGUGUAUGGUACUAAAAAGGGGAAUGCGUCCUCGGAAAUUUAUCAUAAUUUCAUGAAUAAUAUGUCUGGACGCAUUUGAUUUUAUGCAAUUAUUUCCGUGGUUUUUGCCAUUACAUGUACAUGUUACUCGGAGCGAUCUAAUGCAAUGGAAAUGUGGAGAAACAGAUUCAGUUUGUGUCAGACACUGAAUAAUCGUACGAAAGGAGAUUCUAAGAAUCAUUGAUGAAUGUGCAAGCAGGGGCGCUGGCAUGAUUAUUUAUUCUUCAAAAUCUGUGCUAAUUGUGCCAGUUAGCCUUGCUAUUCAAGCUCAAAGGAAUUGUUAACUUUGGUGAUAUUCAGAGUUGGCGGUUUGAACUAUCAUUCCCUUUAAAAUUUACAAUGUUAAGUGUUUGCUCCAAAAAUGCAGCUAUUCUUUCAAGGGAUGUGAGACAAUGGGUGAUAUGAAUAAAGUCUAGCAAAUGCUUUUAUCUAAAACUCCAUGUACAUUUACACUAGGCCUUUCUGUACAAAAUUGAAGUAAAAGCAUUUGCUAGUCUUUAUUCAUAUCACCCAAUGUUCAGGCCAGUAAUAACCAUUUCUUGGCCGUCUGGUUCCAGUCCCUUGCCUAUUGUUAAAGGGGAGACUAUAGACAGAAGCCAGGUGGGGCAGAUUAAGUUUUGUGAGGUUACCGAUUGGGGUCUUACUCUCAAAUACAUCCGCACUAUUCAUGCUUAAAUGAGGAAUAUUUGUAUCUCGGACUCAAAUCAGACAUCGUUGAGUGGUAAAUUCAGACGUAGUGCAAGAGUCAUGUACCCCCCUUUUCGUCGGGGUGCAGCAACUUUCAGGACGUCUCCUCCCGAGAAGCAAAUAACCACGUGUUGUUUUAACCUGGAGAAGCUGAAAUGUAUAUUCCUUACUUAAAUUUGCAAAUAUUUCAGCGGUGUGGGCCCACAGACCUCCUCUUUUCAUUCCAAGAUUACACCCUGGGGGACUCCUUUCUCAAAUUUGUGGAUCCACCACUGCAGUUCCCUACUCUGCAUAGUAGUCACAUGGAUGCCAAAAUAUUGUACUCCUACAAGUAGCUCCUGCCUUUAGCCCCUCUAUGAAUAUUUCACCCCUAGGUUUUUUUGGGAAUACACUGUAGUUCUCAUUGUGUUUCUCAAUGGUAAUUUUUGGAUCAACUGCAGUCUUGGUAAGGGCUUUUUCACAGCCCUGGUCAGUCCUGCAAACGAUCGGGUCCUGUCUUAAGCUAGAAAAAUGGUCAUUUCAAAUUAGGUUUGUUGUAAGCUGUUGUUCAGCAGCAGGGAGGAUGGGCCUGUCAUCUUGUGUCGCUGUCAUUCUUGGUGAAAUUCUGAACCCAGUGAGAAUUAUGCAUUUGUACGAUGUUAUCUAAUUAUUGUGCCGUGUGUAAAUAUUUCAGACUUUUGUAUAGAACCAAAGAAAGAAUCAUUAUCACAAGACUUAUUAACGGUAUUAGUUAUUGAAAUGAACAUAAUGUUUUUCUAAAUAUUUAAUAAUUACCCAAAAUGUUGAUGAUCAUUUAGGUUAUGGAAAUGUGCUGAUUUUAUUUGCCCUGAUCUGGAGUACUGAGAUGUCAGAGUGAGCCAUAUAUUUGCUGUUGGGAAAUUCUCUUCAUGGUUUUUAGCAGUGGGUUUGAUAACAUAUGUUAAUUUUCUUUUUAGAGGGCUUUGAACAAAAAUAUACAGCACCGGAAGUCUGAUUGGUUUAAGGAAGAGACUUGUGAGGUCAAAUUGAAGACUGAAACGUGAGACUUUAGUGAAAUAAAAUGCAAAAAGAUAUAACCGCGUCAUCAGUGAAAUAUGGGUACAUUUGUAUUAAUGCCAACCAUAGGGCACAAGGAAUUUGAAAAAGUGGUCUUUUCAGCUGGUGAGGUUCGACUUUGGUCGUUGAAGGUCAUCAUUUUGGGGCAUUAUUCUGACUAAAAUGUUGAAUGCAGAGUGCAGAUUCUGCUGCUGUGUGUAUUUGAGGGUGAUUUAGAUCAUGUGUGUAUGUUAUACAGGAGGCAAUGGGGUAGGAGGGAAGUUCUCUUUCUGAGGGGUCCUAGAGGAGGCCUUGUCAAGGUGUGUCAUCCCACAAUCAAGAUUACCUCAAGUUAUUCUCGCCCUUACUCUGGAGGACCUGAAUAGGCCCUUUGCCAGAUACGCUGGUACCACCUAGGGACGGCAAAACGAACUACCUUUGCAAUAGGCUUUUACGGUCAAUGAUGCUAGACAAUGCCUCUUGAGCCAUUGUCUGGCGUCUUUUACCGUGAAAAUCUAUUGUAAAGAUGGUUUGUUUUGCCGACCCUCACAAAGGGCCUAUUCGCCCCACGAUUAUACCAGUAGGAUAAGAUUUGUGUACAUGUUUGUAUGAAUGUCUAAGAUUAUUUGGUUGUAGUUGGUGACGAAAAAAUUCACCCCAGGUGUGGUCAGAAGUAUCUCUUUCUUUCCUUACUAGUUUCAUGUAUUCUUUAGAAAAUUGGGUCGUUUCUUGUCUGGGGAAAUUGUUCAAAAGGCAUAUGAAAGAUUGUGGAAGGACUCCUGUCAUAUUUUUCCUUCUCAUCUACAUUCUACGCAAGCCUCAGUGUAAGAUAUAUGUAGCGACGAAAGGCAAGGUUUGCCCUUUGUUACAAAGAUGGCAGCACUGUGACUUAAUGAAUAUGGAUUCGGAAGUAAAAAAGGUGCAAGUACCGCACUGCAAGUCAUUGAUGCUCUGGGGGUGUCAUACAUACAACACCCGGUGAAGGCUAAACCCUUUUCCUACUGCAGGGUUUUGGUAGUGUACCAUUGCCCUGACCCGCAACCGGUAAAGACCUGCCGGCCUGGCCCCCAAAUUGACUUGAGAAAAGUUCAUUGUAAUAUAGCCAGCAUUACCCUAUCUUAGGGUCGGGGUCUUCAUUGAUGUGACUCAGUGCUGCUAUCUCAUUUUUCAGGUGGAACCAACCUAAAACUUACAGUUACUUUAGUGAAUGAUUGAUGUAAAUUUAGCAGUACAGAGUACUGCUGGCCACUGGUACACAGUGUAUUAAGUACUUGGUACAUACCCGGUGUGGUAGCGAAAGAAUGGGGAAUAAUGUCUUGGUUAGUUCAGUGGUUAUCCCCAUUGGGUCGUGGUGUGUAGGAAUCAAUUGUGUAUUAGAUCUGGAAACAAUGAAAUCCACCUGUUUAUUGUCUGCACUUUAUCCUGUGUGUGAUCCUGGUAUAGUUUGGCCAGUUCUCUGCUGGGAUUGCCCUAAUCAAUCCAAAUGGCACUUGUUUCCCGUACUUGAUCAUUCCUCUCAAAUACUCUCUGUCUAAAUACUCCUCUCUUUCUGACUUCUAAUACAAAACUAGUUCUUUAGUUCGUCUGUCUCCUUCUUGUUGACGACAUCGACCCGGGGUGAUAUUUUCAGUAGGUUAAAGUGGCAUUCUUCAGUAGAUUUUAGCGACAUAUUUGUAAAAAAUGGGAUAUUUAUACUCUUAUUCACCGUCAUCACAUCAUGUGUCCACGGAACAUCGCAAUGGUAUGUGCUGCCAUCUUUUGUCUAGGAAGGAAAGCAUGGUGUCCACCAAUUCCUAUGUUACCUGUCACUAUCGACAGUUUACCCCAUUCAAUAUUUUAGGCCCUCAAAAUACAGCUUUCGUUUCAACAUUAUACUUAACUCAUUCAUGGUAUGGUAAAAAUGAAAGAUGUUAAUCUGAGAUUGAUCCUGUAAUUUUCCCCUGAUCCCACAAUAAAAAUAUGAUUCCUCUGGACAAAAGUGGUGGCUUUCAUUGAUCAUAAAUAAAUAUUGAGAAGAUUAAA